AUGGCCGAGAGUCUAGCACAUCGUCCAAAAGAGCCAGACGGGGUGCGUCAGCAACAAGAUGAGGAGGAUGACGAAGACAUCGACGAGACUGGAUUUAAAGCUGUCAAGGAUGCCGUGCUGUUUGCUAUUGAGGUCAGCCCUUCAAUGCUGCAGAAGCCAUCCAGUACAGCUGGACAGAAAGGCGACGCAAGCUCGCCAUUGAUGGCUGCUCUAAAAGCUGCUUACCAUCUCAUGCAACAACGGAUCAUUGCUUCACCGAAGGACCUCAUCGGCGUCUUACUCUAUGGCACAGAGGCGUCGAAGUUCUACAACGAAGAUGCAGCGACAAGUGGUGGGUGGUCAUAUCCCCAUUGCUACUUGCUGGUCGAUCUCGAUGUUCCGGAAGCUGAGGAUGUCAAGGCUCUGAAGCAGCUUGUGGAGGAUGGGAAUCCAGAACAGCUGGACGUAGUGAAGCCUACAAGCGAGACGGUUCGCAUGGAUACCGUCCUCUUUUGUGCCAACCAGAUCUUCCAGCAGAAAGCAGCAAAUUUCGCAUCCCGACGAUUGUUCCUAGUCACGAACAACGACGAUCCUCAUGCUGACAACAAAGCACAUCGCUCCCAAGCGACAGUUCGUGCAAAAGACCUGUACGAUCUUGGCGUCACGAUCGAGCUGUUCCCCAUAUCAAACUCAACGCGAGAAUUUGACCGGAAGCUCUUCUACGACGACGUUGUCUACAACACCCUGCCAGACGAUCCAGAUGCCGUUGUGCACAACCCUGUCUCGGUCGCGAACGCGGACACCUCAACAUUGAAGUCUGACGGCACGAGCGACGGCAUCGGAUUGCUGCAAUCUCUUCUGUCUAGCAUCGCAUCCAAAAUCACUCCUAAACGAGCACUGUUCUCGUCAGUGCCGCUGGAAAUCGGUCCCGGCUUGCGCAUCUCGGUCAAGGGCUAUCUUCUGUACAAACAUCAGCAACCGGCACGAAGUUGUUACAUCCACCUGCAAGGCGAAGUUCCCGAGAUUGUGGUUGGCAAACGAGCUUUGGAGAUCACGCAAGAGACUGUGACUGGGUCGAAAUUGUCGCAUGAGGUCCAAAAGGCGGACAUCAGAAAGGCGUUCGCUUUCGGCGGCGAGAAGAUUACGUUCACAGAGGAGGAGAUGAAGAAGCUACGUGACUUCGGGGACCCAAUCAUCCGAAUCAUUGGCUUCAAGCCAAUGCAGAAGCUUCCGUUGUGGGCAAACACCAAAAAUUCGACAUUCUUGUACCCUUCUGAAGAAGCCUAUACGGGAAGCACCAAAGUGUACAGUGCUCUAUACCAGAAGUUAUUCAACAGCCAGCUGUUUGGACUCUGCUGGUUUGUUCCACGUCGCAAUGCGACUCCUGUGAUGGCCGCCAUGGUACCCACGUCUACAGAGGCUGGAGAGAAGAACCUUGCCAGCACUUCGGUGACGGGCACCCCGCAAGGACUGCACCUCAUACCUCUACCUUUCGCGGAUGACAUAAGGCAGAAUCCCCCCACCUUGCGUACACCUCCAGUGGCAUCAGACUCACUUGUUGAUGCUAUGAGACCCAUGAUCCAGCAAUUGAACCUACCAAAGGGCACGUACGACCCAACCAAAUACGCGAAUCCCAGUCUACAAUGGCACUACCGUAUCCUCCAGGCAUUGGCAUUGGACGAAGACGUCCCGUCCAAGCCCGAAGACAAGACCCUUCCAAAGUACAAGCAGAUCGACAAGCGCAUCGGCAAUGAAGCAAUAGCCUGGGGCCGAGCACUGGAGACCGAGUACAACCAAUUUACCGCAGACAACCCCGAAGCAGUUGCGACGGGCAGCAAGCGGGCUAUGCCUGGUCAGAAUGGGGGUAGCCGCGUUGGCGAGGCUAAGAAAGUCAAGACUGACUCUAGCCAGAGACUUGACGAGGGACAGAUGCGAAAUCUGUUCGAAAAGCAGAAGUUGAACUCGUUGACAGUGGCGCAACUGAAGGAGUUCUGUACAGCCAAAGGACUCCCAGUCGCUGGCAAGAAAGCUGAUCUCGUGGAGAGGAUUGAGCAAUGGUUCGAGUCGAAAUGA